GCAAUAAACAUCGCGACUAAGCAACUCCAAGUUAAUGAAUUAAAAAUGCCUUAAGAGACUUCCGAAAAAGUGCCAUGUAGAGUUAAAACAGUGCCGCAGAAAGUGGGAAUGGAGCACCAAUCAAAAAUCAUCACCAAGCGGCCCCAACAAGGCCUAUUCUAGUCGGGAAGUCGUUGCAGCCGCCCAUCGCCAGAAUGUCCAAUGAUGUGCAGGUGGCCCGAGUGGCCAGGAUAGCCACCGAUGUGCCUCGUCGCACUGGCAAGCAGCGGGACUCCAGCGGAUUCCAGGGCAAGCACUCCUGCAGCGGGGCUGGCGAGGAUUUCGAGUACGUCUUCGGGAGCAUUUCACCGCGGGGCGGAGGCCCGAUUAGCAGGCAUCUGGUGGGAUCCUGCGACCUGGACUCCCCGGAGCACACCCAGCGGGACACAACCGAGAGCGACAACAACAUAUCCAGCUGCUCCACGCUAGACAUUGUCAACAAAGUUGAGCAAUUGUCGGUGCAGCAGCUGGAGAACCGGGUUCGGGAACUGACCCAGCGUCUGCAGCAGGCGGAAAGACAGCUCACGGAUAGCAACACUGAGCGGGAGACAUGCAACAAGCGGCUGGAAGUGGUCAGUCAGGCACACGAGUGCCGCAUCACCGAGAUGCACUGCGUCAUUGCCGAGCUAAGCAAGAAACUGCGCAGCAAGCAGGAGCACAUUAUUAUGGAGGAACAAGAACCUGAAGGCAGUGAACUAAGCUAUCAAGAGGGUUCCGUGUACAACUCCGAGCUAAACCUCAGCAAUCCCGAUGCCGAGUGCCAGACUGAGCCACUGGAGGACCAGGAGGGCGCCUGUAGUACCACCAGCGUGGGCAACAUUGCCCACAAGCCGCAGGAAUUCAGUCACAAGGGACAAGUGGAGGCACUGCAGGAGGAAGUGCUGCACCUGAGGGCUCAGAUUGCCCUGCUCCAGUCCGAAAUUUCCACGAAGGAUGCUUUCGUAGUGGAGGAGCAGACCAAGGUGGCCUUCUUUGGCUGCGAAACAGAGGUCAACGAGUGUGGGCAACGGCUGAAUGAUUUGAAUGCUUGUGUUUCCUUGACCAGCCCGCAGAAACGUGUUCCCGCCGUGCCGAAAAUGGCGGAGAGGGUCAAGUUGCGAUGCGCCAGCAAACAUGAAUCUAGUAAAGAUCCAUCGCCCGAGCAGCACACUUCAUUAAGCAACGAGCACAUCAACCUAGUGGAGCACUUGGUGUGUGAGCUGAAGGAGCAGAACCUUUUCAUGGAGAGCUUCAUGGAGCCCCUGCAACUGAGCAAGGAAUUGGAGCGACUGCAGCGGCGAGUGGAGCACUUGGAGAUGCGCAACACCAUGUUGGCACUGACUCUGGACGAGUGCAAAGAACACACGGAGCACCUGUAUCUGCUCUGCGGCAAAUACGAGUCCAAUGCAGUGGCCUUGCAACUGGCGCUGAAUUGCAGUGAUCGUGCCAUCGAAGCCUACGACGUUAUGCUAGCUCUGCUGGAAAGCAAGUUGGCUCUUUUGGGUGAGAAGUCAGCGGCGACGGAAGAGAGCCGUCGAUCGGUGGAGGCGGUGGCCAGGCAUCUGCUUGCCCGUCUGGACAGCGAGAAAAACGUUUGUGAGAAUAGUCUGGGGCCGUGGCAGCACAACAUUAACCUGGGCCCAGAGGAUGCCCCCAAAAUUGGACGUACCUGGUGUUCCGAUGACGACAAUCGCCUGCGCUACCACGUCUCAAAGCUGAAGGGACGCCGCUCAAGCGUCCAGCACACCAUCGUCAGCCUGGAGUCACCAUUUAGCGACAUAUACGAACAGAAGCGUCUGGCUUUGGAGAAAAAGCACGAACUUCGCGGCGAGGACAAGAAAUCACCCAUCGACCUAGAGACGGCCGUAAUCAUGCAAGAACUCAUGGAGCUGCGGGAUGCGAAUAUUCAGCUGAAAACUAAAAUGGACGAGGCCGAGCAGGAGCGGCAGAACGCCAACGAACGGGUAGGUGUACUCCACGAAGCUCUGAAGCAACUCCAGAUCAGCAACCGGGUCUCCUAUUCGGAGGCGGAGCACGCAGCCCUCACGGAACAGCAGUUGGUGGAGGCUUUGACGCGAGAAACGGAGCUGAAGAGCCGCAUUCAGACGCUGUUGGCCAAUGUCACCGCCUCGCAGAAGGCAUCCGACGAGAAGUACGAGCAACUGCAUCGGAAUGUGCGCGAACUGCAGAAAUCUAACCACAACUUGGGACAAAUGUUGGACCACAACAAGCGCAAGUACCAGCUGCGCGUGAGGAAGCUGGAGCAGAAGAUCGUUGACCUGCGGCUGGACCACGAACCAGGCCGCAAUCAUGUUCCUGAGACGACUCUGUAGGUGUAAGGACGUGCAUGUCGGCCCACCAGGAGGACUGUUCAACUAGGUGUGAUGCGGGCGCGCUUGUCACAUAUCCCGCUAAAGAUCUAUCCCCUUGAUCAUACCGCUUCUUUUACCUUCAAUGCAAUGCCCAUCUAAAUCGGAAACAUCCGCCCAGUAGACGCUCCUGGAUCCGACAUGACCAAGACAGUAUCACGAAUGUGCCAUGCGACUAACUUGCAGCCGGCUGGGACUAGGACUAUGUCCUCCCCCGCAGAUCGAGCUGCAGCGACUACAUACUCAAAUAAAUACAUAUUCAGAGGUGCCAUGAGCAAGGCUCCAACCUAUCCAGAUAUCCGUGGGAUUGGAGCAUCCGUCUCUGGGCCACAAGCAAUUAAACUAAGGAGUUACUCACGACGCAUACACGGGAUCCUAUAUUUAUACAAUGUAUUCGCAUUUUGCUUGUUAUAUGAAUUCAAUAUGUAUUUAAAAUUGUACAAAUUAUAACAUCUCUACCGGAAAA